CAGUAUAAUAUAAGUAAUGCCAAUCUCGCUAUAUACUAUUAUACGUAUCUUUCUUUUGAUUAUGCCCCGUCCUGAUCAUAUGGCGAUUGGAAAAGAGAUGAAGAGACUGCCGCGAAAAGAAGCAUCUACGUCUAUGGCCCCUAUGGAAACCGAAGCGAUUACCGGCGUCGACCUAGGCUUGGUCAUGGAUGGAGUAGCUAUGUCCCAAGACUUUGCGUUGUGGUUUGGAAAAUCAAUUUUCGAGAGCAUUCUAGCUGAAGUCAUUCAGAAGAAGUAUCUUGAACACACAGCUGUCACUCUAGUCGACGUACUGGAGCUGAUGGUAGCUGGGCAUUGUCCAGAUGCCAAAAGAGAUUGUAAGGAGCGAAAGUACCCUCAAAAAGCCUACGAAGGCUUCUACCGUUCCAUACACGGUCGUCGUUGCGAUAUGAGCGACAACGACUGGGAGGCAUUCCGCCAACAGCUGUCAUUCAAUAUUGCGACCAUUUGUGGGAGGCUGCGGAACGAAAAAGUCCCAGAGCUACAUGAAAUUUCGUUAUCGACACCAUCCGAGACCUCCACGGCUCCUGCCCCAACGAGCGAUGCUAGAAGUCGGUCAUCUUCCUCCUCCUCCUCGACUUCGUCGCUUGUCUAUGUGCACCAACAAUAUUCAGCUGAGAGUCCGACUACAAUAGAAGAAACAGCGCAAAAUCAGCCAAUGUUGCAAUCCCAAGCAACGCAGCAGGUGUUGCAGCCUCUGGCGAACGUCGCCCCAGCGCCUCAAACUGCUGUCGAAAUGCAUCGAUACACCUCUGUGUUGAACGAGCAUGCUGCUUUUCAGGGAGAGAAGUUGACCUACGAAAAGAGACAAUUAAGCUUAUCUCCUUCGUCUUGGCGGUGCACCGCUACUUUCGGCGGAAUCUCUGGGGAGGGGACAGGGCGUAAUACGACACAGGCGAAGCAUGCAGCGUCUAAAAAAAUCUGCGAACUCAUAGAUUUGUUGGUUCUCUGA